AUGCAGCAAAUUACCAUUAAGGGGGAAAAUUACGACAUUACUAAACUUCUCGGUAAAGGAGGUUUUGGAUAUGUAUACAAAGUAAAAUGCGGUAAUGAUUUGUUUGCCCUCAAAGUGGAAGAAAUUCAAAACCAGGGUGAGCAAUCGGGUUUGUUGCAAGAAAAAAAGGUGUAUGAAAUGCUGAAAGGCAAAGAAGGGUUCAUUCAAAUGAAAGCAUACACGCACGAUAAUACUCACCGCGUUUUGGUCAUGGAACUAUUGGACAACUCCCUUGACAAAUUGGCGGAAUCGCAAGUUCUUCACACUAAUCGCAUAAUUCACGGUGACAUUAAACCAAAUAAUAUCAUGUACCGUGCUGAAUCGAACGAAUGGUAUUUGAUAGACUUCGGUCUAUCACAUGUCAUGAACGAUGCUCACUGUCCUAUGCUUGUCGACACCAUAGGCGGAUCUUGGCUUUAUUUAAGUCGAAACAUGCACUAUCUAAUGCAAUCCUAUCAAAAUGACUUCGAAAGUUUGGCUUAUUACAUCGUUCGCCGCAUCAAAGGGAGCCUACCUUGGUCAAAGGAUUGUGUUGAACUUCAAAAAAAGAUGGACGCAGUUGAUAACGUUCGCGCUUUUGAUAUGCCAAAACCAUACCAAGCAUUCAUUGAGGAGUGCUUUGCAAUGGACAAAUUCGAUGUUCCGAAUUACAGCCGAUUGCUAACAAUUCUAAACGAAAUUUAA